CCCCUAGCUCUCGGGGGUGGGAUCACCUAACUCUCUGUGGUCGGAUCACCUAACUUUACAGUGCUGGGAUCACCUAACUCUCUGAGGCUGGAUCCCCUAGCUCUCGGGGGUGGGAUCACCUAACUCUCUGUGGUCGGAUCACCUAACUUUACAGUGCUGGGAUCACCUAACUCUCUGAGGCUGGAUCCCCUAGCUCUCGGGGGUGGGAUCACCUAACUCUCUGUGGACGUGCUGUUUCGUGGCACUUACAAAAAGGAAGCAAGACUUCGUCAUUCCCACUGGUUUUCCAAUACUGUUUUCUUGGUGAGACGCUUCAAAGGGUAGGUAACAACCAGAACACUGUGAAAUGUGCACAUUCGUAUUUCGGAUUCGUGUGCCAUGAUUCGAAACACGCCAAAAAUUGCCCGUGAUCCGCUACGGCUCGGACAAGUAUCAUCAUGUGUGCCAUGUGUUAAAGGGUUAAACGGACGGACAAGUAUCAUGUGUGCCACGAGCUAAUACACGUCCUCUAGACACCCAUCAACUCACCAACUACACGCGCACUGGACACUCCUUAACUGACCAACUAUUGGCCCACUGGACACUAGCUCAGUGUAACCUUAACCCAGAGACAGCGACAUGACCAUGUCCAGCGUGGUACUGAGCGGCCUCGCGUCGUCCAACAUGAGCCUCCUGCCCCCCACCCCCACCACAGACAUGUCAGCCGGCCCCCACCUCCUCCUCCCACCGCCCAGCAGCGCCGGCGUCGACCUCACAGCCCUCAUGGCUCUCUCCUCCGCCACCGCGCGCGUAACUCUGGCCGCCACCACGGCGGAAACCCGACGCCUCGCCGGCUCCUUCCUCCUACAACACAACAUCGCUCACACCGUCGCUACUACUGCCGCGACUACAUCCCCCCUGACGGGGUUUUAUCCAAUGUCGGGACUAUCGUCUGGGAGAACGGAGCAUCGGUGGCGCGGCGGACACCCUCCAACAACCACGGCCCACUUCGCCAACAACUUCACGAGCGGCGGUGGCGGUGAGACGUCGCCGGCGGCAGGACGACGCCCAGCGCGGGGGAGAUGUGGGCGUGGCGGGGGCGGGGGCAGGAGGCGGGGACCCCCGAGGUACGCCCCGGACUCACCCGGACAGAUGGUCAGCAAGCAGGUGGUGGACAAGGUUGGUUUUGUCUUCGUCAUGAUCCUCAUCCCCUGUUUCUCCCUGUUCGGCUCCGUGGGGAACGUGCUAAGUCUCCGAGUGCUGGUCCACCACCGGAUGCGCAACUCCACCAACAUGGUGCUGGCCGCCCUGGCCGUGUCCGAUCUCCUGUUCCUCCUGCACGCCGUCUACUUCAGCUUCCUCAAGCUGUACAUCAGCCGCAACCAGCCGGGCGGGAACCAGCUCAGAGUCAUGACCUUCCCCCUACUAGGCCCCUACGGCAGCGUGGUCACCGCGAGGAUCACCACAGGACUGACCACCGUGCUCAGUGUGGAGCGACUCGUCGCCGUCUACUUCCCCAUCAAGGCCAAGGUCAUGUGCGGCCGGUUCAUGACGGGCACGUGUAUCGUGCUCAUUUACAUCGUGACGGCCCUCGUGUUCAUCCCCAACGCCCUCAAGUACCACUCGUGCUACAAGACGGUCAACAACCACACCAUCUUCACCAUGGAGCUAACGCCCCUGGGCCGCGACAAGAUCUUCUACACCGUCUACGGGAACGUCCUCAACGUCAUCUUCCGCCUCAUCCCCAUCCUCCUCCUCAUCCUGGUCAACAGCCUCAUCGCCCUCGCCAUCCGCCGCACCUGGUCCAUCCGGCGAACCAUGUCCAGCGGGGGCUCAGCGGCCUACGAGCAGAACCGUAUCACCCUGAUGCUUCUCAUGGUCUCCUUGGUCUUCCUCGUCUGCAUUCUCCCCGGGGCCGUGCACAGCAUCGUGAACCAGGCCGACAAGGAGUACGCGCGCUUCGGAGCGCAGAGCAACAUCCACGACGUGUUCGGGAACGUGACUUACUUUCUGGAGACGGUCAACUCCUCCAUGAACUUCUUCAUCUACAUGGCCUUCAGCAGGAAGUUCUGCCGCACUUACAAGCAGAUCUUCUGCUGCCGGGGCCGCGGGCAAGCGCGCAGACAUCCGAGCCAUCCAACCCCGCGCGGCUCGGCCAGAUCCGUCAUCCGGUUCCCCUCCCGACCCCAGACGGGAUCCCGCUCCAGCAUGACGAGCUACCGAGAACUCUACUUCCUGCACCACCUGGGCGGCAAGGGUUUGAACCCGCACGACAACGCCACCCUGACCGCUGCUGCCGCGGCUGCUGGCGCUGCCAUGACAACGGCCGCGGGCGCCGGAAGUGCUCGCAGGCUGCUCAACGGAAGUGCCGGCGCCGCCAUGUUGCCCCCCGGCCCCGCCUCCCGGGGCAAAGAGAAGGCGGGGCGGCGUAAGAACGGCUUUGUCUGUACCACGGGAACCAUUCAUGAGGAGGGGGGGAAGAGGAUUUUCCGGAGCAAAUACUCCUUGACUGAUAGCCAUAGUGGGAAUAGCCACAGCGGACAUAGUGGACAUAGUCAUAGUGCUGGACAUAGUCACAGCAGCCACAGCGGGGGUAGCGAUGGUGGUGGUGGGGGUGGAGGGGGAGGGGGAGAGGGGGUCGGUUUCCACCAGCACAGCGGACACAACCUGUCACCAGGCGGCGCUCACAGCGGCUCUGACCGCGAGCCCACGGCCGACGACAUGUACAGCUGAUGGCCACGUCACAGCACCGACACGAUGACGACACGGCAGACGACAUGUACAGAUGAUGGCCACGUCACGUCACCGACACGCCGACGACAUGUACAGCUGAAGGCCACGUCACAGCACCGACACAGCGACGACACGCUGACGACAUGUACAGCUGAUGGUCACGUCAUGUCACCAACACAGCGAUGAUACGCCGACGACACAUUGACAACACACCGACACCAUACCAACAACACGCUGACAAAACGCUGUCGACUUUCACGCAAUACUGCAACAACACCGGGAAGAUAGUGAUAGGUUUUCUGAGAGCGUCCGCGCGGAGACAUGAAAGGAGACAGCCAUGAUCGUCGGUGUCUGUCUCCGACCUGGCACUUUGUCACGACGAAUCACCCCCUACUUGAGCUGCUGCCGUCUGUCCGCCGAGUGAGACGACGUAGAUCUAGUGGGCUGUUCAGAGAAAUGUGCGCGCGGAAACUUGGGAGACGAUGUGGCAGACAGGGGGGUGGGCGUGGCAGAAGUUGGAGACUUGUUCUUCUGGGGCCGACCCACGCUGCUAUAGUGGCUGUAGGUACUCUGUAUUGUGUUCACAAAUUCCCGGCUAAAACAGUGCCUGGACUUGGAUGGCUUGUGCCUCUUUAAAUAAACUAUUAUCACUGAUGAUGGUCACAGACGCCUCCUACCUCGCCCCCGCCCACAACUGUUGUCCACGAGACUCUGUCAUGAGCAGUCUGCCCCCCCCCCCACACCCCAGGUGCUGACGCAGAAAAACGUCACAUCACGCGAUCCCCAGCUGAUGACAUCACAAUGACGUCACAUCGCCGUCAAGUCUAGCGCCCUACUAACCACAAUCUAAGUCUGUUCUAAGACACAAAAAAACAUAACGUGCACCCCCCGCCAAAAUAAAACAACCCCACCAGGGCACAGGGAAGAGACCGGCUGAUUGGA